UUCUCCCGCUCCUCUUCUCACAAGCCACACACAGGCCAAGCGAGCGAGAGCUGCAACGAUCAAGAGCCAGCCGUCAGCUCCUUGCCCAGCUCUCGCUCAGUUUAAUUAGCUGCUGCUUCUGAGAGAGAAAGAUACAUAUAUACAUAUAUAUAGCUAGACUAGAGAGAUGGCGUCGAUGUCGAUGAGCUCGUCGAGGGCGCAGUGGACGAAGAAGCAGGACAAGCUGUUCGAGCAGGCGCUGGCGGUGUACGACAAGGACACGCCGGACCGGUGGCACAACAUCGCGCGCGCCGUGGGGGGCAAGUCGGCGGAGGAAGUCAGGCGCUACUACGAGCUGCUGGAAGAGGACGUCAAGCGCAUCGAGGCCGGCAAGGUGCCGUUCCCAGCCUACAGGUGCCCCGGCGGCGGCGCCCCCAAUUACUAGGCCCACAGGCUGAAGCACCUGAAGAUCUACUUAGGCGACAUUCAUGACAUACAGUACGUGGGUGUGGCUACAAAAAAGUAACUCAACCAAGUGGCCGGAGCAUCCGUGCACAUAUGUGAAUAACUACCGCUACCUAUAGCUAGUUCGCGCAGAUCAAUCGAUCUCCCAUGUAUGUAGUAGUGUACCUGUUCAUCUCAAUUCUCAUGUAAGAUCAUCUCUGUAUGGGUAUUAUGUAUCUUUGAGAAGAAGUGAAAUAAAAAAGUCCUUCAUUCUGCACCCA